AAAGAAUUCUCAAUUCAAAUUCAAUAAGCUUGAUAUAAUUAAAAGAAAAUUAAGUACUAUUUGCUGAUUUUAAAUUUAAUAGUUCAGAAAAGAAAACAUUCCAAUAGACUGGAAUCUUCAAAAGGCUUACUUCCUGGAAGAGGCAGUUUUUGAGCUGUGCUUUGAACGAUGGGUUUGGAUUGGCAGACAGCCCACAUGAAGGGGGAUAUUAAGGGAACACAGUAAAAGACUAGGAAAAGAAUGGCCUAGGCAUAAAGAAUGAGAUUAUAAAUAAAUUGGAAGAGCAUAGGAUAGUUUACCUCUCAGACCUGUGGAAGAGGGAGGAAUUUAUGACCAAAGAAGAACUAGAGAUCACUAUUGACUACAAAAUAGAAAAUUUUCAUUAUAUCAAAUUGAAAAGUUUUUGUACAAACAAAACAAAUGCAGACAAGAUUAGAAGGGAAACAAUAAACUGGGAAAACAUUUUUACAAUCAAAGGUUCUGAUAAAGGCCUCAUUUCCAAAAUAUAUAGAGAAUUGACUCUAAUUUUUAAGAAAUCAAACCAUUGGUCAAAGGAUAUGAACGGACAAUUCUCAGACGAAGAAAUUGAAACUAUUUAUAGACAUAUGAAAAUAUGCUCCAAAUCAUUAAUAAUAAAUCCAACUCUGAGAUACCACUAUACACCUGUCAGAUUGGCUAGAGUGACAGGGAAAGAUAAUGUGGAAUGUUGGAGGGGAUAUGGGAAAACAGGGACACUGAUACAUUGUUGAUGGAAUUAUGAACACAACCAGCCAUUCUGGAGAGCAAUUUGGAACUGUGCUCAAAAAGUUAUCAAACUGUGCUUACCCUUUGAUCCAGCAGUGUUUCUACUGGUCUUAUACCCCAAAGAGAUACUAAAGAAGGGAAAGGGACCUGUAUGUGCCAAAAUGUUUGUGGCAGCCCUAUUUGUAGUGGCUAGAAGCUGGAAAAUGAAUGGAUGCCCAUCAAUUGGAGAAUGGUUGAGUAAAUUGUGGUAUAUGAAUGUUAUGGAAUAUUAUUGUUCUGUAAGGAAUGCCCAGCAGGAUGAAUACAGAGAGGACUGGUGAGACUUACAUGAACUGAUGCUGAGUGAAAUGAGCAGAACCAGGAGAUCAUUAUAUACCUCAGCAAUGAUACUGUUUGAGGAUGUAUUCUGAUGGAAGUGGUUCUCUUCGAUAAAGACAGCUAAUUCAGUUUCAAUUGAUCAAGGAUGGACAGAAGCAGCUACAUCCAAAGAAAGAACACUGGGAAAUGAAUAUAAACUGCUUGCAUUUUUGUUUUUCUUCCCAGGUUAUUUAUACCUUCUGAAUCCAAUUCUCCCUGUGCAACAAGAAAACUGUUUGGUUCUGCACACAUAUAUUGUAUCUAGGAUAUACUGUAACUUAUUCAACAUGUAAAGGACUGCUUGCCAUCUGGGGGAGGGGGUGGAGGGAGGGAGGGGAAAAAUCGGAACAGAAGUGAGUGCAAGGGAUAAUGUUGUAAAAAAUUACCCUGGCAUGGGUUCUAUCAAUAAAAAGUUAUUAAAAAAAAAAAAGAUAGGUAUUAGAUGAUAAAAUUUGGAUAGAAUUAACCCCAAAAGAGAAGAGGAUAUUGAUUUAAGCUGGUAAGGGAAGAAUUUUGAAGUAAUUAAGACAUUAUUUUAUAUCUGUCAGAUUGGUUGAAGUGAUUGAAAAAGAAAACAGAAAAUGUUGGAGGAUAUAUAGAAAAAUUGGGACAGUAAUUUGUUGUUGGUAGAAUUGUGAACUGAUCCAUUUUGGGGAGCAAACUGUAAUUAUGCACAAAGAAUUAUUAAAUUGUCUAUACCCCUUGAUCCAGGAAAAAAAAAAAAAAGACUAGGAAAAGAUAGAAAGAAGAGGAAACUAAUUUGAUCGCAUAGGCCAGUAAUUUAAAUUACCUUUACCUCUUUGGCCCAAAUAGUCAAGCAUAAUAUUCUAGUAAGACAAGUUACCAUUUCAGUAUAGAAUUUGUUUAGGAAAUGUAGAGAAGAUAAAUGGGAGAAAUCAUUUUGGAAAAACAUUGUUUUUAACAAGGAAAGUGAGGAAUACAUAGAUAAAUAUUGUAUUAAAAUUGAUUAUUUAGAAAGUCUACAAUUCAAGUAACUGUUUGCUAGGUACUGUACUACUUUUCACAUAUCUUCUUGUGUUCAAAUCUAUAACUUUUAACAAUUUAAAAAAAUUUUUUUCUUGUUGGCUACUACUGAAAACACAAUAGCCCUGCUGUGUGCUCUGGUAGAAUAUUUGAAGAGCAACUCUGAUAAAAUAUGUAAUGCACAACAUAUUUAAUAUUGUAUCUUAUGUUUAUUUUGUCCUUUAAAAAAAAAAAAAGUAAAACUAAAGCAAUAAUGAAGUGCCAACCUCCUGGGAAAGCUAAAAUAGCCUAUUGUAGACUUUUUUCCCCUUCAUAGACAUUAAUUUUGACUGUUAACAGCCACUUUAUUGUGGGCAGAAGAAUCAUCUUAGCUAUUUGACUGUUGGCAGGCAAAAUAUGAAAUUAUUUAAAUUGUUUUGAUAUUCAUUUUGGUACAUGGUAUUUUGUUUUUUGCCAUGAAAACAUGUACACUUAUUAGUGGACUUCUAUUUUUCCCUACUCUGGAAUAAAAUAACUUGGCCCUCUCUCUUUUUCUGCUCUAUUCUUGCCUCAUAUAGUUGUUGCCAGUAUGUUAUACUUAUUCCAUUAUUUCCUUUUAGGUCAUUAUAGAGUGCUCUAUUUCUUUUGCCAGAAAGGAAAUGAUUUGGUGAUGGAGCAUUUCCACUGACAGAUGGACUCACAAGAGAAAAGCUCAGCAGAGGCAGAAGGAGCCAAAGAGAGAGGCUUAGUCCAUGUUUGGCAGGCAGGAUUCUGCUCUAUAACUCCCGAGAGACUGCCAGGCUGGGGAGGAAAGACUGUACUUCAAGCGGCCUUAGGAGUGAGUCAUGGAGUACUUCUAACUGAAGGUGGUGAAGUCUACAGCUUUGGGAACCUUCCCUGGAGAACAGAACCAGGAGAGAUCUGUCCAAAGAGUCCUCUUCUGGAAAAUGCUUUGGGUGGACAACAUGUUAUCACUGUGGCAGCAGGGAGCUUCCACAGUGGAGCAGUAACAGAGAAUGGCAUGGUGUACAUGUGGGGGCAGAAUUCUGCUGGCCAGUGUGCUGUUGCCAAUCAGCACUAUGUACCAGAACCAACACCCAUCAAUAUUUCUGACUCUGAGACAAGUCCUUUGUUAUCGGUCAGGAUUUUGCAGUUGGCAUGUGGAGAGGAACACACCUUGGCACUCUCAAUAAGCAGAGAAAUAUGGGCAUGGGGUACAGGUUGUCAAUUGGGUCUUAUCACUACAACUUUCCCAGUGACAAAACCACAAAAAGUGGAGCAUCUGGCUGGACGAGUAGUACUACAAGUGGCCUGUGGUGAUUCCCACAGCUUAGCACUUGUACAGUGCCUCCCGUCACAGGAUAUAAAGCCAGUCCCAGAAAGAUGCAACCAUUGCAGCCAGCUCUUGAUUACUAUGACUGACAAAGAAGACCAUGUGAUCAUUUCUGAUAGUCAUUGUUGUCCAUUAGGUGUGGCACUCUCUGAUGCCCAAGCUGAAAGUCAUGAUUCCAUUACUCCUUCUACAGGGGAGAGCUUGGAAAACAAAACGGUUUCUGAAAGCCAGGAAGAAAAGAAGACUUUGAAAGAAAAUGGUUUGUCUGUUGCUUCUGAAGUGGAUGUUGGAAAUAUACAGCCAGUAAAUGAUGAGGCCACUCACCCUGAACAAAAGAUCACUGGAACCACAGGCAUUUCCAUUUUGGGAAAUGUGCCUUCGUUCCUUGACAACCAUGUAGAGAAAGAAUGUUUGCAGAAGUUGUCAGCUGAUUCAUUACAAGGACAUCCUGAGACAAGUGGUGAUAUAGAGGUAGCACAGCCUAUUACUGAAGAACCAAAUCCCAAUCUCCCCAGCCCACCAACCACAAGCACAUCUGCUCUAAACAGCUUAGUGGUUUCCUGUGCCUCAGCAGUUGGUGUGAGAGUAGCUGCUACAUAUGAAGCAGGAGCACUGUCUCUUAAGAAAGUAAUGAACUUUUAUAGUAUAGCUCCUUGUGAAAGUGGCCUUCAGUCAGGCAAUGCUUCCUUGGGGCCAGAAGGAUUGAAGGAUAGCCGGGAAGAGCAGGUUAAACUGGAAUCAAUGCAAGGGAAGAAGAGUUCAAGUCUUGUGGAUAUUAGAGAAGAGGAAUCUGAAGGAGUUAGCAGAAGGCUUUCUCUUCCUGGGUUAUUAUCACAAGUUUCCCCUAGGCUCCUGCGAAAAGCAGCCCGGGCAAAAACACGAACAGUGGUAUUGACACCUACAUAUAGUGGGGAAGCAGAUGCACUCCUUCCUUCUUUGAGAACUGAAGUGUGGACUUGGGGGAAAGGGAAAGAAGGACAGCUGGGACAUGGUGAUGUUUUGCCUAGGCUUCAGCCAUUAUGUGUGAAAUGUCUAGAUGGUAAAGAAGUAAUUCAUCUGGCAGCUGGUGGUCAACAUUCCCUUGCUCUUACUGCUAAAUCCCAGGUUUAUUCAUGGGGUAGUAAUACUUUUGGCCAACUUGGUCAUUCAGAGUCUCCAAGUACAGUUCCUCGUCUUGCAAAGAUAUGCAAUGAAAAUGGAAUCUGGAGUGUAGCUGCUGGUCAGGAUUAUUCCCUUUUCUUAGUAGACACAGAUGAUUUCCAGCCUGGAUUGUAUUAUAGUGGCCGGCAAGAACCUGUAGAAAAUGAUGGUCUUAAUACUUGUACUAAAACUGCAACACUGCUAGUAUCCUGUAGUAAGCUUGGAUACAUAAGCAGUGUGACAGCAGGAAAGGACAGUUGCCUAGCUUUGGUGGACAAAAAUAUUAUGGGAUAUAUUGCCAGUCUGCAUGAGUUGGCUACUACAGAAAGACGAUUCUACUCAAAACUGAGUGAGAUUAAAUCUCAGAUUCUCAGACCCCUCUUAGGUUUAGAAAACCUGGGCACUACUACCACAGUCCAACUGUUGCAGGAAGUGGCAAGCAGAUUCAGCAAGCUAUGUUACCUGAUUGGUCAGCAUGGAGCCUCACUGAGCAGCUUCCUUCAUGGGAUUAAGGAAGCCAGGAGCUUGGCCAUCUUGAAGCAUGCAAGUCUCUUCUUGGAUAGUUAUACAGAGUAUUGUACAUCUAUUACCAAUUUUGUGGUUAUGGGAGGAUUCCAGCUUCUUGCCAAGCCAGCUAUUGACUUCUUAAAUAAAAACCAGGAGUUAUUACAAGAUUUGUCAGAGGUGAAUGAUGAAAACAUCCAAUUGUUGGAAGUGCUAAACACUUUGUUCUUUUUGCCAAUCAGACGUCUUCAUAAUUAUGCACGAGUUUUACUAAAGCUUGCUACUUGUUUUGAAGUGACAUCUCCAGAGUACCAGAAACUGCAGGAUUCUAGCUCUUGUUAUGAAACUCUUGCUCUCCAUCUCGGCAGGAAAAGGAAGGAAGCCGAAUACACACUGGGCUUCUGGAAGACCUUCCCUGGGAAAAUGACGGAUUCCUUGAGGAAGCCAGAACGUAGGCUAAUCUGUGAGAGUAGUAAUCGAGCAUUAUCUCUACAACAUGCUGGUAGAUUCUCUGUGAAUUGGUUCAUUCUCUUUAAUGAUUCUUUGGUCCAUGCCCAGUUCUCCACACACCAUAUUUUCCCCUUGUCUACUCUGUGGGUGGAACCUAUUUCAGAAGAAGUUGGUAGUGUGAAUGGCUUAAAGAUAACUACACCUGAAGAACAGUUUAUUCUUGUUUCAUCAACACCACAGGAAAAAACUAAAUGGCUACGGGCUAUUAGUCAAGCUGUGGACCAAGCUCUCAGAGGUAUGUCUGAUUUUCCUCCUUAUGCAAGUGGAAGCAGUGUUCAGAGGCAAGAACCUCCUAUUUCACGAAGUGCCAGAUAUACUUUCUACAAGGACCCCCGUCUAAAGGAUGCUGUUUAUGAUGGACGAUGGCUUUCAGGGAAACCUCAUGGCAGAGGGACCUUGAAAUGGACUGAUGGAAAGAUGUAUUCUGGCAUGUUCAGAAAUGGCCUAGAAGAUGGGUAUGGAGAAUACAAAAUCCCAAAUAAAGCACUGAACAAAGAUGACCAUUAUGUAGGCUAUUGGAAAGAAGGAAAAAUGUGUGGUCAAGGAGUGUACAGCUAUGCCAGUGGAGAGGUAUAUGAAGGCUGCUUUCAAGAUAACAUGCGUCAUGGUCAUGGCCUUCUACGCAGCGGUAAACUGACUUCAUCUUCUCCCAGUAUGUUCAUUGGCCAAUGGGUAAUGGAUAAAAAGUCUGGGUAUGGUGUAUUUGAUGAUAUCACAAGGGGGGAAAAAUAUAUGGGAAUGUGGCAUGAUGAUAUGUGUCAGGGGAAUGGUGUGGUAGUUACCCAGUUUGGAUUAUACUAUGAAGGAACAUUUAACCUUAAUAAAAUGAUGGGAACUGGCAUUUUACUUUCUGAAGACGACACUGUCUACGAGGGAGAAUUUUCAGAUGAAUGGACACUUAAUGGAAAGGGAACACUGACUAUGCCAAAUGGUGAUUACAUUGAAGGUCUUUUCAAUGGAGAAUGGGGAUCUGGGAUAAAAAUUACUGGAACAUACUUCAAACCCAGUUUGUAUGAGAGUGAGAAGGACCGGCCCAAAGUUCUCAGGAAACUAGGAAACCUAGCAGUGCCUGCUGAUGAGAAAUGGAAAGCAGUAUUUGAAGAAUGCUGGCACCAGUUAGGCUGUGAGAACCCAGGCCAGGGAGAAGUCUGGAAAGCAUGGGACAACAUUGCUGUGGCUCUAACCACCAAUCGUCGCCAGCAUCGAGAUAGUCCAGAGAUAUUAAGUCGUUCACAUACCCAGACACUGGAAAGUUUGGAAUUCAUUCCACAGCAUAUUAGUGGUGCAUUCACUGUGGAGAAAUAUGAUGAGAUAAAGAAAUACUUAAUAAAGGCUUGUGACACUCCUCUGCACCCUUUAGGUCGGCUCAUAGAAACCCUAGUUGCAGUGUAUAGAAUGACUUAUGUGGGAGUGGGAGCCAAUCGACGAUUAUUGCAAGAAGCUGUGAAAGAGAUUCAGUCCUACCUUAAGCGUAUUUUCCAACUGGUCAGGUUCCUAUUCCCUGAUCUUCCUGAAGAGGGCAGCACAAUUCCUCUAUCUGCUCCACUACCCCAGGAAAGGAAAUCCUUUUGCACAGGGAAGUCUGAUUCUAGAUCAGAAUCUCCAGAACCAGGCUAUGUGGUCACAAGCUCUGGAUUAUUGCUACCUGUGCUGUUACCCCGACUCUACCCACCACUCUUUAUGUUGUAUGCCUUGGAGAAUGAUCGAGAAGAAGAUAUUUAUUGGGAGUGUGUUCUUCGACUAAACAAACAACCAGAUACCGCUCUGCUGGGCUUUCUAGGUGUGCAAAAGAAAUUUUGGCCAGUUACUUUGUCAAUCUUUGGAGACAGUAAAAAGGUUUUGCCUACUACAAAAGAUGCCUGUUUUGCUUCAGCAGUAGAAUGUCUGCAACAAAUCAGCACGACAUUUACCCCAUCAGACAAACUUAAAGUCAUUCAGCAGACUUUUGAAGAGAUAUCUCAGAAUGUCCUUGCUACACUUCAGGAAGACUUCCUGUGGUCUAUGGAUGACCUGUUUCCUGUUUUCUUAUAUGUGGUGCUACGGGCCAGGAUCAGGAAUUUAGGAUCUGAAGUACAUCUCAUUGAGGAUCUAAUGGAUCCAUAUCUCCAACAUGGGGAACAAGGAAUCAUGUUCACUACUUUGAAAGCAUGUUACUAUCAGAUCCAACGUGAAAAGCUUAACUAAAGCCCCAUGAACCUGAAAACUGGAUUAUCUCUGGAACAGUGUACUUGCAGCAACAUCUGAAGUCUUCGCCCAGAGUAGCUGAGAAAAUCACAAAAGUUAGAAAGGACAUUGUUAUCCUGGUUAUCACCUCUGAGCUCUGUUGAACCCUUGGGAAGGGAGUACAGGAGGGAUAGAAGCUGUGAUUGUGAAUUGGUAGAAAUUUUUAAAAAUCAAAUCUGAUAUCAGGUUCCAAAAGAUCAUACAAGCUUCUGGGGUUAAAACAACAACAGAAUUCCAGUAUUACUUUUCUUAAAGUAUAAAUCUUGCUAUUAUAUUUGUGAUGGAAGAGUUGGUCUUAGGAUUGUAACUUCUCUGUAUACUUGAGAAGUUUAUGAAAACUGUGAGGUUUUGAUUUUCCUGAUUAUUUGCAGUGACUCUGAAUCCCUUCUCAAGAAUCAGAUCGUACCUUGAAACCACACUUUGCCUUCUUAAAUUCUUUUCAAUCAUGUAUUUGUGUUAUGUUUAUACUGAGAGAGAAGAGAAUUUUAGCUUGCACUUUUAACAUUUCUAAGGUUUGUCACUGGAACACACAUGCAUGAUGGGAAAGGUUCUGUGUGAUAGCUACUGUAUUCCUAUCCAUUAAUUAUGAGAAGCACGAAAAUAAGUUUCCUGUGUUUUGGAUAGAAAGAAUGGAAAUUUUGUCUUCAUUUCCUUACCAUCUUACCAGUAAUGAUGGUAUUGACUGAAAUUCAAACACUAACUGAGAUGCUGUGAAACCUCAUUUAUCCUAUAGAUGAUGGCUGCAUUCCAGAGCCUAAGAAUGAGAACUGAAGAGCUUUGGCUGCAGGCUGCUAGAACAGCGUAUAUCAUGGGACUAACAGAUGCAAACAGUGAAAGUUGCUGUCAGCAAGCUAGGGGUGUGAGACCACUUCCUCACCUACCUAGCUUCACUCCUCACAUGGACUUACAGGAAAGAAAAAUCAAACUAUUUUUACUUCUCCAAUUUCAAAAGUAUUGUGACACAAGAAUCUCAGUGUUUUGUUUUUUUAAACCUGCCGGCUCAUGGUUUAAAGUUACUGGGUUAUGGUGUACAUUGAACACUGGUGACCAUUUUGAAUUCAAUCGGUGCUUUUUUUUGUCAUGUUACUUAACACACAAAGGGCAGGAAUAGAAAAUGUCCCUCUGGUUCAUUAUGUCAUAUGCAUGGAGGAGGCUGAUCAGUUUUGGAAAAUGGAAUCAUGAUUUGUGCUUACUUUAUCAAUCAAAACAACUGUUUGUUAAAAUACUGUUUGGGAAUGCUGACUGUAAUGUAGCAGCAGUUUUCUUAAUAAAACAUGUUCAUCUUUCUAAA